AUGAAUUCACAGAGGUACACGGGCCGGGGGGAGCCGAUCCAUCAACGCUCCGGAAAUAAGCGAGGAACGAUUAGCGAUACGUGUCCUGGACCAAGGGUCAAUGAUAGCGGUCCUCUUCACGAUAAUCGAACCACCCCAAGUGUUCUGUCAGCCACCCCCAAGCGUUCAUCUACAUUCUCCGCCGAGAAAGCAACUGAUACUAGUAACACAAGGGGAGUCCGACUCGCCGGACCUGUUCAGGUGUCCCGUGUCCUGUAUCCAUUGGAUAUGCUGAAAUGGUUCCUGGUGCUCGGCGUCCUGGUUGCCGUUGGUUACCAGAUUUGCGUCAGUGUCGUGCAUCCGGUGCCUUCGGAGCUAGAGGAGAGGGAUAAGGUCGCUGUAUUGGAUGCCAUUGGCCAUAUUGGAAACAAUGUGCUGUUGACGGCGGCGAGGUUUGGGGUGGACCUGGCGGCCUACAGACCAGUCAAACUAUUGGUGGACAGUGUCUACUCUCUGAUCCUGAACGGAGUGUCCCCGGAACCGUACACAGAUGUGGAGAUCCGGGACACUACAAUAGCCGAGGUUCCCGUCCGAGUGUUUAUUCCCAGGAAGCAAAAGAAAGCAAUGUUUCCCGCCAUGAUCUACCUACACGGCGGGGGGUGGCCCUGGCUCUCUGUGGAUGUUUAUAGCAGAUUCCUCAGUCAUCUGUGCAAUGCUACCAACCUGAUGAUCAUUGCAGUACGAUAUCGUCAACCCCCUAGUCAUAUCUAUCCAGUCAGUCUAAACGAUUGUCGAAAUGUGACCUGGUCAACAUUGGCGGGAAAAAGUGGACUUCCCAUUCACCCGCGUUACGUCAUAAUCGGUGGAGAUGAAGCCGGUGGCAACAUGGCAGCUGCCCUUGCCUUGGAAUUCCGCUCGAAAAUUUACAUGCAAAUUCUUUUGAACCCCAAACUACAAAUGUUUGAUUUUCUGACCCCUUCAUACCAAGAUCACAAAAACAUUCUCACCGGAGUGACGUCAUCAGCCAGAUCGGCAGUGGAUUGGCUGAGAUACACCGGAAGUUCUGUCAGCUGGUACCCAGCUCUUUUAAACAAUGCUCACCGAUUUCCAUCCAGUGAGAUCUUACAACAUCAAUCCUACCUUGACGCUGACACAUUCCUUCCAUCUUAUCUGGAGCUGACCAAGUCAAAGACUGUUACCACUAAAGACUAUGACAGUACCAUUGGCAAGGAACUCAAAGACCUCAUAACUUCAGAAUCUCUGUGUCCGGCAUUAGCCAGUAACACCAAAGGUGUUCCUAAUGCCUAUAUAGUGACAUCACAGUUUGAUGUACACAGGGAUGAAGCUGUUAUGUACAUUACAAGACUACAUAAGGACAGUGGCUCCAAAGUGAAACUCAAACACUACAAACAGGCUUUCCAGGGCUUCUUCCCCUUUGCAGGAAAUAAAAGCUGGUUCCGAUUUAAUGUCAGUGACCAAGCUUUACAAGAGCUGGUGGAGUUUAUCAGCUUUCAGGUUCACAGAGUGAUGAAAAACCCUGCAUCCUGAUGAUUAAAAUUAAAUAAAACACUAAACAAACCAUCAA